AUGGUUGAAUGCUUAUUUCAGUAUAUUGGAGUCGAAGAAAUCAGCGGGGAAUUGGUGGUUAAAUCUGAACUGGAUUACGAGCAGAGGACGUCAUACGACUUUUUGGCGAUUCCAGUUGAUGGAUCGAAAGCAAUUCACGUGUACGUGCACGUCAUCGAUGAGAACGACAACGCACCCAUAUUUCCGGUGCCGUCUGUCAAUAUUGAGAUUUCCGAGUAUGCGCGUCUACAUUCUGAGUUAGCUCUUCCGUCGGCAAUCGAUGCCGAUGCUCCUCCACUAUCGAUUCAGAAAUAUCGUAUCUUAUCUGGAAACGUGAAUAAUGCUUUCAGGUUGGUUUCAAAUCGAGUUGUGCAGCCGUAA